AGCUGGGUGCCACAUCUUCCACUAAAUGAUAAAGCCGCUACACCGGGAGCUGGAAGCAGGACAUACUGAAUAGAAAUAAUAAUAAUGAUAAAACUAUCUUGGAAGAAUACUUACACGCUUUUUCAUAUCUUUUCUUUUGUCUGAAAAGUGCUUGGGUGACUCGAAUAUUUUCUCUCGCGUUGGAGUCGGUGGGAGGAGGUGUGAAGUUAAACUACUGCAAGUUAACGGUUAAGUUCGGCUGCUGGUGACGCCUUACAGUGGGAAACGUGGGCUUCAAACAUUUACUCUUUCAGCCGGAGGACCCAUAGAUACCUUCAGGAAAAAGGAGCAGAGGAAGCUGGAAAGUAAAAGCACAGGGAGUGGAGGAUAGGAAACACCAGCCCUGCUAUCGCCCUGCCUGCAAAGGUGCUUUGUCAUGGGGAAACAGAACAGCAAGCUGCGGCCUGAGGUCCUGAACGACCUGAGAGAAAACACAGAAUUCACCGACCAUGAGCUGCAGGAGUGGUAUCGCGGCUUCCUGAAGGACUGUCCCACCGGCCACCUGACUGUGGACGAGUUUAAGAAGAUCUACGCCAACUUCUUUCCCUACGGAGACGCCUCAAAGUUUGCCGAGCACGUCUUCCGCACUUUUGACACCAACGGCGAUGCCACAAUCGACUUCAGGGAGUUCAUCAUAGCACUGAGUGUGACGUCUCGUGGCGGGCUGGAGCAGAAGCUACGCUGGGCCUUUAGCAUGUAUGACCUGGAUGGGAAUGGCUAUAUCAGCCGGGCAGAGAUGCUGGAGAUAGUUCAGGCAAUUUACAAGAUGGUGUCAUCAGUGAUGAAGAUGCCCGAGGAUGAAUCAACACCAGAGAAAAGGACAGAUAAGAUCUUUCGACAGAUGGAUAUUGACAAUGAUGGCAGAUUGUCUUUGGAGGAGUUCAUUAAAGGUGCCAAGAGCGACCCGUCCAUUGUCAGACUGCUGCAGUCGGAUCAGGGAGCCUCUCGUCAGUUCUGAGGACACAGUGAAAGUGAUCACACCCUGCACCUCAUGCACACCUACAUCCCUCCAGCUUUGUGCCGCUUGUUCUGAUAGAGGAUCAAUCUUCAUCACAGCCCCUCCUCCUUUCAAUUUAACACUCCAUGUCUUAAUGUUUACAUUAAUGUACACUUCUCUGGUCAAUGUGGCUUUUUUCCCUCUGUGGACAAUGAAGUGGAUUUUCAGUCAGGGCAUUUUUUUUUGUGCAUUUCAAAACGUCUCGUUUUGAAUACCCGUUUGCUGUAAGUGCCAUAUCUUUUAUUUAUGCUUACAGGAUUAUAUGCUUUCAAGUAUUAUGACUUUCAUGUUAUACUCUCAUGUUAUACUAAGAGGAAACUAAUUAAAUCACUUAAUUCUAUUCAAUUUAAUUGUUAAAAUGUGGCUUAUUGUUGUUCUUUAUUAAUUUCCUUUGGGAUUAAUAAAGUAUUCUGAUUCAAGAUAACAGUAGCUUGAACUGGCACAAGCUGCUGUAUUUAACAAGCUCUCUCUAUGCCUUUGGUAUUGCAUGUGCUCAGUGAAAUGAGUUUACAGUUCAUGUGAAUAAUGAGGCAGUGAUUAUUUUUAAUUUCUUUUUAUUUUUGUAACAAAAAUGUCCUUUUGUUUUCACACAAUUGAAAUAAAGUUGUGUAAGAAAAAUCUA